AUGGAUUUCCUCAAGAAGGCCGUCGACUCUGCCAAGAAGGCUGGUAGCAGCAGUAACAACAACCAGCAGCAGCAGCAGCAGCAGCAGCAAGGUGGUGACAACCAGAACCAGAACCAGCAGGGAGGUGAACAGAAGCAGGACUACGGUGACAAAGCUUUCGGCUUCCUCUCCAAAAAGGCCGGUUUGAAACUCAGCUCCGAUCAACAGGAGAAGGUUACCGACGGUGCCCGCGGUGCUUACGAGAAGUUCUCUGGCAAGAAAGUCGAUCCCAAGUAUUCUAAUUAA